CAAACAAACUCUCGAUACCCGAGACAUGGACGGCCCAUGACGGCACACCAAAUUCGUCUAGACGAGAAACACCUGCGAGAGAGCCCGCCAACGCCUUUCCUUUCCCCAGCUACCCGCACGAGUCCAUCACCCGGGUUUCUAGACAGCCGAUGUCUUACUAGGGAUUGUUCGCCCUUUUCCUCCGUUUAUCUCCCUUCCCCAUUAAUCCCAGCCUGCAAUACGGCAGCUAGUGACCCCCCUUCUGACAAAAUCCUUCCGGUUCCGGUAUUUAGGCUCUUCCGUUUGUGCACCAGUCAAGUACGAUGGCUAAUAAUGCACUCAGAAGACUAUAUGGAUGUUACGAAUGUGAGAAGAAAGGAAGGAGGAAGGAGAAGUCAGCAACUCUACCGAGUAAACGCCGCAUGGUAUAGGAAAGUAGCCACAGAGAAAAGAAGAAUACUGUCGACACAGUUGUCGAUUCUUCGCCAAAUAUACCAUUUCCCCCGCUGGACGAGAGAAUGAGACAUAAAAAAGCAGGCCACCUAGAUAUCCUCAGAUUGCUGCAAUACACAACAUGAUACAUCUCUCCAAAUGCAUUUCCCACGACCAUGUAAAUAUAAAACAGGUUAAAUACCUACCCACCGCCCAAGCUUCACGGCACGAGUAAACAAAAUAUCCGAUCAAGGAGUGAGAGGAAGGUAAAAUAGUGUGCGAGAGUAGGAGAUAAAAUAACCUACCCAUUUCCAACCACUCUCUCUGUCCACAACAACCCUCUCCUCCAGAGCCUCACCAUCAGAUAGACAGAUAGCCUGAGAUGCGCCCCCCCCCCCCAAAGAAAACAAAAAAAGAAA